GGAGAGCAGAGGAAGUGCUUAGGUUUUCAGACGCUCUUUCAGGGGGGGAUGAGGCUCUGUUUCAGAGAGAUGGGCUCCCGAGGGUUGUUGCCCAUCUCUCGCCGUCGGCGAUCAUCCGGAGCCGGUGAUCUACCCCUGUUUCUCUUAAUCUUCUUUUUUUCCUUUCUUUUUUUUUUUUCACACGCACAGGCUCUGUGCUGUGACUGUUCUCUCUCUCUCUCUCUCUCUCAAAAAACGAAGCGUAAUGAGGCUGUGAAGAUCUUUUGUUGGUUCCGAAGAGUGUCAAAAUCGAGCACGGCGAAGCAUCCGUUUCAACGGCGGGGCGACCCGGAUGGCCAGCGGGAAGUUAGAUCCCGCCGGCAACCGGUUUGUCGCAGUCGUCACGGAGCUUUUCCAUGGCUCUGAAUCAUAUCCAAAUCUGAGCCUCCCCUCAUCACCCAUUUCCAAUUUUACAUUGAAAGUCAUUCCUUUUUAAUAUUGUAUCAUAAAAAUCCAAUCUUUUCAUUUGGAAAACUAAAAUGGUGAAUAGAAACUGGAAAAAUUGAUUUGCAUUGUGGACUACAAAACAAGGAACUUAAAAAAUUUUAUGAUUUCGUCCUAAAAUUAUGAAUUAUUAUCCGCAAAACAUGAUUCUCGGAGGAGGGAGGUCGUUGUUCCUGUUUUGCCAUUCGAUAUGGUCCCAUAAGCUUUAAGAAAGUUGAGAUUGAAGCACAAAGUUGUCAACUUUACACUAGAAAUUCCACAUUUUGGAAUGACAAAAAUGCCGCUGGCUCUUGUUUGGACUUUUCCUUUUUUGGCCUCGGUUGAAAGUGGAGGGGUAAAUGUGGAAUAAGACAGAGAUGAGCAGAAUAAAAGGAAGAUGGGUCAGAGAUUAGGGUUUCAUCUCAUUAGUUUAAGAAUGAGGCUUUGCUCUCAGGAAGGUGGAAGGUUUCUAGGGUGGUUGCCCCCUUCUCUGAUGGAUGGCGGAGCCGGUGAUUUCACUGCCAGAUUAAUGUAAUCAACAACCCUAAACACGAACUGAGAAAAUCACUUCUCUCUUCCUCUCCUUCACUCUCUAGCAUCAUCAUCAUCAUCACCAGAAUUAAUCCAUGCUCUGUUUCUGCUCUUCUUCUUCUCUCACAAUGAGGCUGUGAUGAAAUCUUCCCUUGAAAAAUGCUGACUUUGAAGGUAAAGGCUGUAGUUUGGCAGGGCAACUUCUUGGGUCUCCGGAGUAAUGUUCAUUCCGGCGGCAUCUGAUUGUUGCAGCCACCGGCCCUGUUCCUUCAUCUGUCUGAGAAAAGGCGAA